AUGAGUGUCCCUACUCAUAGUCUGGUGGUUUCCCUCAGUGGGCGAACACGGUUGGACAUGCCAGCGUCAGAGCGGGAUUUUGUUCAAGUGACAAAGCCUGCAAUGCUGGUUGGGGACUUCUUAAAGGUCCUUCUGAUUCCUGAUGGAUGUGGUGCCCCGGUGGGCCUUUAUUGGCCAACUUCUAUUUCUUUUGAGGACUUCAAGAAUUCUUUGAGUGGACAUGGUACUCCUUAUGGGAGUUUCUUGGAAUUAUUGCAGACUCAGUCUUCUAUUUUUUUUGAAGACUGUUUUACAGCAGUGAACUCAAGUGCUGUGUCCUAUCAAUUGCAGACUACUUCUGCGAUGGAUCUGUGGGCGACUUUGCCUUGUCCUUCAAACCUGCACGGGAAUGGUCUAUUAUAUGUUGCUGCCGCACAACCCCUACGAGAGCAAUUUGCUCGCUAUGUAAUGGGGAUGGCUCUGGAUUGUGCUCUCUUUGGCCCCUGUGAUGUGGGAGAUCGACAGGCUAUCAAGCAACGCUGUCAAGUUGGUGCAUGGUUGGAACGUGCUCAGCAGUGCUACCCGCCAGCACUGGGGUAUCAUGGUCCGCCGGAUCACUUUGCGUACCUAUCUGUUCUUUGUCCUCCUGAGGAUGGUUGGCCGGAAUUUUCUACUUGGCUUUCUGAUUUGCCUUUCAACGCGCUACCUGAUAAGCAUCAGCGAUUUGAACCGAAAGAGAUCCCUGUGAAAGCUCAAGCAGUGUUUGUUCCAGCCAUUAUUGUGGAAAAAGAGGACCCUGAUAGCGAUUUGGAUGCUUAUGCAAAUGUGUUUGCCACGACUGCAACUACAGUUACGGCUACACUUAACAUUGCUACAGUCCCAGCUCCGGCUGCGAAUGUUGCUACUCCAAGUCCACUUCCACCAGUGCGGCACUCGGCAUCCCCACCUGCCAUUCCACAAGACGUCCUCAAUGCUAUGCAAAAAGUGAGGGUUUUCCAAGAACAAAUUGUUCAUGGUACAUUUGCGGGCACACCUGCUAAUCCAGUGGAUUUGGUCGCUGGUGAUGUGGAGUAG